UCUUGAAAGAUUUGAUGCUUUGCGUUAUCCUGAUGGUCGAUAUUUGCUUGUGUGCUAACACGGUAUUCCUAUGGUUACCCGAGAUCACAAAUCGUAUCUCAGUGUACAAGGAGAGCCACGCUGCAGAUUCCACUCUGUGUGAGAUGAUCAGGAGAGAUCAGAGUAUCGUCUAUGGCGUCACCAACACUACUAGCGCUCCCGUGGAGUGUGUCUCAACUAUCAACACCGCUGUGUUUCUGCCUAACGUCCUCAUAGCUCUAGUACGCCCCGUAGUUAUGAUGACUGCCAGUGUCUUUGUUCCUCUCUUUGACAGGAGAGUUGUCCUAGGAUCUCUUCUGGUGUUUGGCAGCUCUAUAGCGUUUCUCCUCACCGUGGGUGUCCAACGCGCCUAUUGCUAUCACGAUAUUCGGCGCUCUGACCAUGGUAGCUGUCCUUAGCCACAACGUACUCUGCAGUAUAGUGAUCGAGAUAUUUCCCACUUACAUAAGCGCUAUGGCAGUCUCUAUAAAUAAUAUUUUUGGUCGUCUCGGUGCUGUAAUCGGCUCUCAGCUGUUCAGUCUCCUGAUAGACACAGAGUGUCCA